AUGUCUAUUGCUAAAGAUAUGAUUGAUGGUAUCCCUCGCUGGGUAGUGGUGCAUUUUGAUAAUGUCCACAACCAUCUAUUAUUGAAUAAAAAGGAGGUAAGAUUUCUUCCUGCUUAUCGAAAUAUUGACAUUAUUGAUCAAAAGCAGAUUACACUUCUUGCAAAAGCUGGUUGUUCAAUGAGCUUAAUUAGAAGAGUGCUUGAGUUAGAAAAGGGUGUCGAUGUAGGCCAAUUGCCUUUCACAGAAAAAGAUAUCAGGAACUUUCUCCAAUCAGAAAGUUCUACCAAUAUUGAAUUUGAUGCUUUGGAGCUACUAAAAGCAUGCAAGAGUUUGAAAGACAAAGAUGUUGAUUUCCAAUAUGAUUUCACAGUUGAUACAUGUCAAAGACUUGAGCAUAUUAUUUGGGCAUUUGGGGACUCUAUUCAUGCUUAUGAACUUUUUGGAGAUGUAGUUGUUGUUGAUACUACUUAUCGACUGAAUCGCUAUGAGAUGCCACUAGGAGUUUGGAUUGGUGUAAACAAUCAUGUAAAUUCUACUUUCUUUGGUUGUGUUCUCUUACGAAAUGAGAAAGCAUCUUCUUUUUCUUGGGCAUUAAAGAGUUUUGUACGACUUAUGAAUGGAAAACAUCCACAAACCAUUUUAACUGAUCAAGAUCUUGGUUUGACAGAAGCUAUUGCUAAUGAGUAUUUGCAAUUUAAAUCUGACUUCCACAAGCUUUAUGAGCUCGGCAGCGUUAAAGAAUUUGAACAUCAGUGGGACGAAUUAAUUGCUAAGUUUGAUCUUGAAUCAGAUAGGCAUAUCAAAUUACUAUAUGCAAAUCAUGCAUCAUGGGCAUUGCCAUAUUCGAAGGGAUAUUUUUUUGCUGGAAUGACAACGACUAGCCGCUCUGAAUCAAUUAAUGCUUAUUUGAAGAGAUUUUUACAUGCCCGAACAAGUUUAAAAGAAUUUGUUGAGCAAGUUGGGGCUGCUGUCAGCAUAAGAAACUAUGCUGCUGAAGAGGCAAUGAUGCGGCAAAAGUAUUACAAUCCUCAAAUUAAGACUUUCAUGCCAAUGGAGAAACAUGCAUCAAAAGUCCUACCUUUUGCCUUUAAGUUGUUACAAGAUGAGAUGAUACUUUCUGUGGAGUAUGGUCUAUUUCCAAAUGCUGAUGAUUCAUAUAUUGUGCGACACUAUAGCAAAAUGGAUGGCGGACAAUCCGUCUAUUGGAAUCAAUUAGAGGAAGUUGUUCAGUGUUCUUUUCAAGAGUUUGAAUUUUCAGGAAUUUUGUGCAGGCAUUCUAUUCGAGUACUUACCGCUCAUAACUAUUUCAUGUUACCUGAGAAGUACUUGUUGGCUAAAUGGAGACAAGAAAAUUCCUUGGUUUUAAAGUUUACUCAUACGAUAAACUCUUGUAGUGACGCUAAUGAGUUCCCAAGUUUUCAGUCCGUAAUCAAAUAUUUGGGUCUUGAAUCAAUGAAGACAAAAGGGCGUCUUGAAUGUGCUAAAAGAGAACUAGAAAGAGUCCUACAAAUUGUUCAAUGUCUUCCUGAGAGUGAACACACCAGUGAAGAUCACGAAUAUGCUAUUUCUAGUCAAUCCAUGAAUGACAAGUCUUCAGAUGACGAUUUUCAGAUUGAAAAUCCCCAACAAUCUCAGACAAAAGGAAGAAAAAAAAAAAGGAAAAAGGCCAGUUGGUGGCAUUGA